AUGGCUGUCGAAAAGGGACCUGUUUCUCCCAUACCCAUUCCGGAGCUCACCAAGAUCGCCACAGAUGCUUGUGAUGCGGCCCUGAAGAGCGCCGAGGGUUACGAGCACGCCAAGGUCGGCGAAUGGAACUCCCAGAUCAUUAACACUAUCCUCAAGGCCCUCAUUGCAGCUACCGCACCAGAGACACCCGCGACAUCACCUCCAUACCGCUUCACCGUCAACAGCACCAUUGUGCAACAAGGCUUGAUCGAUAAGUCUUCCGCAGCGGACGGUGCGGUCGGCAAUGCUGGCAAGCGUGGUAUGCACUCUGCCUCGGGCGCCUUCUGGGACGUCAACCGCGAUGGAAUGUGGACAUUCAAGUAUCCCGGGGCUGAAGAGCGGGGCCUCGAUGUCGUCGUCAGUGUGACAUGGUUUGCUCUGGGCUAG